CAAUUAUAUCUUCUAUAUAAGUGUGUCUUGCUCAAACUUAGCUUCAUAGCAACACACAUCAUCACCACCUUCACCUACUUAAUCACAACUCUAUUCUACUUAAUUACCUUAGCUUUCAAUUUGCAACUGUGACCAAAAAAAUUUACUCAGCUCUCACAAAUUUCAUCAACAAUGAAGGUAAGAAUUAUUAGACUCUACACUUGUUAAUGUAUGUUUCAGAAAGUAGUUUUGAAGGUGGACUUUUAUGAUAAUAGAACCAAGCAAAAAGCUAUGAAGAAAGUCUCUAGCCUUUCAGGGGUUGAAUCAAUAUCUGUGGACAUGGAAAACAAGAAAUUUGCUAUAAUUGGGGAGAUGGAUCCAGUAGAUGUUGUAGAGAAGCUUAGGAAAUUGUGUAAUGCUGAAAUGGUUUCUGUUGGACCUGCCAAAGAAGAUAAACCAUAUUAUGGCAUGGAAUUUUUAACAAAUAUUAAAUCAUCAUCAUCAAAUUCAGAUCCAAUCAUCACAUUCCAUGAAGCCUAUCCUCCUCUUAAUUAUUAUUACUAUCAAAUGGGGCCACCACUAUAUAAUAAUAAUCAGUGUUAUUACAACUAUGUUGGACAUGCACAAGAAGAUCAUCAUGGUUGUGUUAUUUGCUAGAUUAUUGUAAAAUUGCAGAAACUUUAAUUUUAAUCAAGAGUGUGUGUCCUACUAUGUAAUAUAUGGUAAUUUCUUCUGUACCUAACUAAUUUAAAGGUAUUACCCUUUUUACAUGUUUCAACUAA